CAUUCAGCCACUACAUAGUGCAAUACAUAUAUGACAGAUUGACUGUCAAAAAAUAAAUAAUUUUAAAAAUAAAGAAAAAUAAUGGCGACUGGUGUUUUGCCUUUUGUUCGAGGAGUUGAUUUUACAAAAAAUGAUUUUAGUAAUGGAAAAUUUCCCAAGGCCCUACGACUGAUGACUGGCGUCCAAUGGCUGAGGCUAGACAAAACACAAUUGAACGAAAUACCCGAGGAAAUGGGAAAACUUCACAAAUUAGAGCAUCUAUCACUGAAGAACAAUCAGCUGGAAAAAUUGUUCGGCGAGCUCACCGAACUCGGAUGUUUGAGAUCGCUCAAUUUGCGUCACAACAUCAUCAAAAGUUCUGGUAUACCACCGGAGCUGUUUCAUUUGGAUGAAUUGACAACGCUGGAUUUGUCGCAUAACAAGCUGAAGGAAGUGCCAGAGGGCUUAGAUCGAGCGAAGAAUGUUCUGGUUUUGAACUUGAGCUACAAUCAAAUUGAAGUUAUUCCUACGACACUAUUCAUUCACUUAACCGAUUUAUUAUACUUGGACUUGUCGCAUAACAAAUUGGAAACGUUGCCGCCACAAACCAGACGCCUAGCAAAUUUACAAACGUUGAAUUUAAGUGAUAAUCCGUUAGAGUUGUUUCAACUGAGACAACUACCCUCGUUACAAAGUCUCGAAGUUCUCAAUAUGAGCAACACACAACGAACACUCCAAAAUUUUCCCACAUUUUCAGCAAAUUUAUCGAAUCUGGCUGAACUCGAUUUGUCUAGGAAUUCGAUACAGAAACUACCGCAAUGUCUGUUCAACAUGUCGAACUUGCAGCGAUUAAAUCUUAGCGAUAACGAAAUCAAUGAACUGUCCAGUGAAAUCGAAUGCUGGCAAAAAUUGGAAACGCUGAACUUGUCCAGAAAUCAAAUCAGUGUAUUGCCACCAGCCAUCUGUAAAUUAACGCAACUGCGACGUUUGUAUAUCAACGACAAUCAAUUGGACUUCGAUGGAAUACCGUCCGGCAUCGGUAAACUGUGCAAUUUGGAAAUAUUUUCCGCAUCGAAUAAUCAUUUGGAAAUGGUGCCGGAAGGUUUGUGCCGUUGCGGUGCAUUGAAAAAACUGAAUUUGAGCACAAAUCGAUUAAUUACAUUACCGGAUGCGAUACAUUUGCUGUCCGAUUUGGAUCAAUUGGAUCUGCGAAAUAAUCCCGAUUUGAUAAUGCCAGCAAAGCCGACCGACAUGCAAAAAGGAUCGGGCAUUGAGUUUUACAACAUUGAUUUUUCGCUUCAACAUCAAUUACGGUUGGCUGGAUCCAAUGUUCCCGCAGCAAUAGCUCCAGCAGCUAAUUCUAGUAAAGAUCCCAUAGCACGAAAGCAACGUCUAAGGCGCGGUCUACGAACCGAUUCCGAAAAAGAUUCGGCGAAAAUUUUGAAAGGCAUGAAGGACAUUGCUAAAGAAAAAGAACUCCAGGCUUGGGAAGAAGAAAAAGCUGAAAGUGUUAAACCGAAGCGUUGGGAUGAGUCAUUAGAAAAGCCACCAGUUGAUUACUCGGAAAUAUUCGAAGAGGACGAUGGUCAGAUACCUGGUCUAACAAUAUGGGAAAUUGAGAAUUUCUUGCCGAACAAAAUUGACGAGGUUGUCCACGGUAAAUUCUACGAGGGUGACUGUUACAUCGUUUUGAAAACAACGGCUGACGAUGUUGGUCAGUUGAACUGGCAAAUUUAUUUCUGGAUCGGCGUCAACGCAACAUUGGACAAACGUGCAUGCGCAGCUAUUCAUGCCGUCAAUUUGCGAAACUAUUUGGGCGCCCGGUGUCGAACGAUUCGUGAAGAACAGGGCGACGAGUCGGAAGAGUUUUUCGCUUUAUUUGAAACACCAGUCACAUAUAUUGAAGGUGGACGAACGGCGACCGGCUUCUUUACCGUCGAAGAUCUCGUAUAUGCCACUAGGAUGUAUCGAGUACACGGAAAUGGAGCUAGCAUACAUUUUGAACCGGUUCCGGUCGAGUUUGAAUCACUGGAUCCUCGGUACGUUUUCGUUCUGGAUUGUGGUGAAGUGAUUCACAUGUGGUACGGAAAGAAGUCGAAAAACACUUUGAAGUCCAAGGCCCGUUUGAUGGUCGAGAAAAUCAACAAAAACGAAAGGAAAAACAAAACGGAAAUUCUAAUGGAAAUUCAAGGAUCGGAAACUACUGAAUUCUGGAAAGCAUUGGGCUUUGAUAUUGCGUCGCCGGAAAGUAAGCCACAGGAGCAUGUCGAGGAAUUUGUACCAUCUGUACCGCGACUGUAUCAAGUUCAACUUGGAAUGGGUUAUUUAGAAUUGCCACAAGUUGAAGUUCCCCACCAAAAGUUAGUGCAUACGCUCUUAAACAGCAAGAACGUGUACAUACUGGACUGUUAUUUGGAUUUGUUCGUUUGGUUCGGUAAGAAGUCUACAAGACUGGUUCGUGCGGCUGCAGUGAAACUUUCUCAGGAACUUUUCAAUAUGAUUGAGAGACCUGACAUUGCGACCGUAACACGAGUACAAGAAGGUACCGAAACUCAGAUAUUCAAAUCGAAAUUCAUCGGAUGGGAGGAAAUUAUUGCCGUCGAUUUCACCCGAACUGCUCAAUCUGUAGCAAAAACUGGGGCCGAUUUGACGAAGUGGGCCAAACAACAAGAAACACGAGCGGAUCUUGCUGCUCUAUUUAUGCCACGUCAGCCGUCGAUGCCACUGGCCAAAGCUGCACAAUUGGAGGAAGAUUGGAACUUAGACUUAGAGGCGAUGGAAGCGUUUGUUUGGGAGGGUAAGAAGUAUGUACGUUUGCCGGAUGAAGAGCUGGGUCACUUUUACACGGACGCAUGCUACGUAUUUUUGUGUCGCUACUGUAUUCCGCCCGAAGAAGAUGAUGAAGAUGGCGAAAACGGUGCUGGUGAUGGACAGUCGGUCGCUGAAGACGAGAUUCAAUGCGUUGUCUAUUUCUGGCAAGGACGUCAAGCUGGCAAUAUGGCCUGGUUAACGUUUACAUUUACGCUACAGAAGAAGUUCAAGGCAAUGUUCGGCGAAGAACUGGAAGUGGUGCGAAUCCAUCAGCAACAAGAACAUUUGAAAUUCUUGGCACAUUUCAAGAGGAAAUUCAUCAUCAAAAACGGCAGACGUAACGAGAAAAUUCGGACGCCUGAUGGCAAAGCUCCCGUUGAAUUUUAUCAUUUACGUUCGAAUGGAGGCGCUUUGUUCACUCGUCUCAUCCAGGUUAGACCAGAUGCCACGUUAUUGAAUUCAGCAUUUUGUUACAUCCUCUACGUGCCAUUUGAGACUGAAGAUGCUUCCGAGUCUGGUAUUGUAUACGUUUGGAUCGGAUCGAAAUCAACGCCCGAGGAAUCAAAAUUGAUACAAGAAAUCGCUGAAGAAAUGUUCAAUAAUCCGUGGGUCAGUUUGCAGAUACUAAAUGAAGGAGAAGAGCCGGAAAAUUUCUUUUGGAUUGCACUGGGUGGUAAAAAGCCAUACGAUUCGGACGCUACAUUUAUGGAGUUCACCAGAUUGUUCCGCUGUUCGAAUGAAAAAGGCUACUUUACAGUAGCCGAAAAAUGUUCAGACUUUUGCCAGGAUGAUCUAGCCGACGACGACAUUAUGAUACUGGACAAUGGCGAGCAGAUAUUCUUGUGGCUGGGUGCCAGGUGCAGCGAAGUAGAAAUAAAGUUAGCCUAUAAAUCGGCACAGGUUUAUAUUCAACACAUGCGCAUUAAACAACCAGAACGUCCAAGAAAGCUGUUCUUAACGCUGAAAAACAAAGAAUCUAGAAGAUUUACGAAAUGCUUCCACGGUUGGGGCGUUCACAAGCAGUUUGAAUAAAGUAUUUCCAUUUUCAUA